AUGCGUUUGGAGCAGACGGAAAAGGAACUACUAGACAAGGAACUUAGCAAAGACUACUUCACGGCAGCUCUUCUUCGCGGGGUACAGCACGUAGAUGGGUUAGGCGCCGGGACGCCCUUCAUCACCGCGGGUGACGGCAACUGCCUGUUGAACGCCGUGGCCCAGCUAUUCGCGAAAAAAACCCGCGGGAUGGGGAACGAGAUUAAAUCCUUGGCGGCGAAGCUACGACUGAGCGUAACCCUCGAGGGGAUGCGGCACAUGGAGGCAUACCUCUCUUGUCAAGAGGAUUUCUCUAUGUGUUGGUCCAUUUACGGGAAUGAAUUGCGAGAAGGACUGCCUAAGCUGGGGUGGACCAUCGAGGCAGACGCGCACAACAAGCAUCGACUGGGGUCUCGUAAUUGUUCCCGGCUGAUGUUUGUUGCGCAGCUCAAGCACGUUGCCGGGAAUUGUAACUGGCUGCAGCAGUUCGCCUUCCCGUUGCUGGCGAUUGUCAUCCAGGUGCCCCUCCGAGGUUUCGUUCCGUGGCUCUCCCGGCUUCUACUUCCCGAUGGCCCUUUGUACUGCAGACCACAGCCUUACGCCCACAUACGGAGCUUCGUGGACACACACCCUGUUCCAACCGUGUUCACCGUUCGGCCUGGGCGUACACACCCAGCAGUUCAUGUGGUUAUGACGAUAAUGUCCAGUGCGGACUACCGCUCUAACUUCAACGACGCGCCUGGUUGGCGGGACCGGAGCGGCGGCGUUCUGCCGGAGCUCAACCACUUGGUGUCGUUCUCCGGCACUGCCGCCGGAGCGCAUGCCCUAGCCGUUGCUGCCUUUGCCGAUAUGGGCACAGCCGCGCGUGAGAGCUUGGAGAAGGCACAAACCGCAGUGGCACAAGCUGAAGAGGCGCCGGAUCUGCACGAGACUCGUGUCGCCGAAAAGAGGAUCGCUUUGAGGGAGGACGAAGAGUCCGUGGAGCGGAAGCGGAGGGAAGAGGCGCCUGAGGCCGAGGCGCGCUCCCGAAGGCGGAAACAACAACAGGGGGCGGCCGACGGAGGGAAGGAGGGAGAGGGUGGGGGUUCUGGAGUGGGUAGUGCGGGCAAGCUAGCCGGCAGCGACCACAAGCACAAGCCUGGCGAAACGGGUGGAAGCCAACAAAGUGGGGGUGCUGGAGAUGGCACUGGACAUGGACAAGACACCAUGGACCACGAGAAGGGCAGGAACGGUGGAACAUGCGGCCCAGAGGAGCCGCGUGGAGGAACCGGCAAGGGUGGCGACGACGUGUUCGAGGGGGGCAAACGGCAGGCGACCAAGGACGGGCUUUCAACGGGUGCGCCGGCAGGGGACUGCGGCGGAGCAACGGAUAUGGAGAUCCGUCAACUACGAAGGAAAUCUCAUGGGUUUCAGCGGCUCACACUCGCUCGAGAGGGGAGGGGAUUCUUCGAGAUUGGCGUGGGUACUCGCCUUCACACAGGAGCAUGGGCACCUAGCCCGGCAUGGGGGACAGUCAUGAGGGUCAAUGCAGACGAAGAAGACAAGAUCGUAUCGUAUGACGUCCUCAUGGACACGGAGUGUAGGGUGUCAACAGUGUCCGCUCGCAAUGUGGAGAUUGACGUGAAGCAUGCGAGGGAGGUAGACAAGAGCAGUGCGGGUGCUCCCAGGAAGUCGGGAAGGCGGGGCGAGGCCGACAACAAAGGCAGGUCCGGAGUGGAUGAGGGGUCGGAGCCCGGGGAGGGCAGGGAGGGCAGGAAGUCAGAUGGGCAGAAAAGGUCGGGGCGUGAAAAGGAAACAGCGAAGGGGAGCAGCAGGAAGGGCGGGCGCUUUACCGACGAUGAGGACCCGGACGGGAAAUCGAGCGGAGGUCAACGAGGCAACGACAAAAAGAGGAAGAAGGUGGGCGACCCUGAUGAAGACGAGGAUUCCGACGAUCUUGCCUCCGAUUAUGAAGACCUUGCCUCCGACUAUGAAGACGACCACGAUGAUGAAGACGACCGCGAUGGCGAAGACGACAGCAAUGAUGAAGACGACCAACAAGGCGGGAUCAAGAAGGUGAUCAAGAAGGAGCAGGAAUGUGCCGGCGGUAAGAGCAAGGGCAAAGGGGCGGAUGGUGAAACGGACCAAGACACAGAAGAGGAAACUGGGCUGUGGGGAGACGUAGAUGGGGGAGGAAUUGCGCACCUUGGUCGCGCAUUCGACGUGAAGGAGUCAGCCUACGACACGUGGGAGGCCGCAUUUGCCACGGUCAUCGGGGAGCUCGAAGAAGAAGGGCAUCUAAACCUUCAAAAGUAG